GACCGGUCCAGCACUUAGACGCCCUGCCCGCAGAAGCGAGAUUCAACCCGUGUCUCUGCGGCACAUUGCCACUACUUGCUAUUAAUAUUGGCAUCAGGGGGGGAAGCAAAAAGGGCUGAGCGAAAAGAAGAAAAAGAACGCAAAUCGAAUCUAAAAAAAGAAGAGCAAAUCCGAGAUUCGGAGCGUUCCGAGAACAACGUCGACUCGAGCCCUUUCCCUUUCUUUUCGGGCUUGAUUCCCGCCCCAACUAAUUAAACUCUCUACUUGGCCCCGUCCAAAACCUCGAAACCCUCAUUUCAUUUCCUCUGCGCCUUGGCGACGUCACCUGGAAUUGGAACGCAAAUCGAGAGAUUACCUGGUGGGGGAGACAAAAGUCGUCCGGGAUCCUCUUUUGCAUGGGUCGCAUGAACAACUUCCUUAAAGGGAAACGAUAACGACCUCUCUGGUUAUAUUACGUGCGCCGUUUGUGUCAAACCUUCGAAAAGAGGCUUGAAUUCUCUCAGCUUGUCAAAUCGACUCGAAUAACUAAAGCACGAUCUAUCUAUUGGUGUUUCGGUCGCGAAAAACUCUCGACGAUACUACAAAGAAAGCUGUUUAAUGUCAGCUUCGGGUCAAUCACAUCGGUCAAUUCGCAGCGUACCAUUUUGUCGCUUAUAACAUCGCCGACGGUUUCUUCAAAAGCCUCACCAAUAUAAUUGGGAUAAUAAUAAUAAUAAUAAACCUACAACCGCAGCAACAAAGUCGCUGGAUCGACACCCACUCUCGAAAAUGGCAACAAUGGACAACCUAUUCGCGAUAAUGGACGAGUUAUCGCCCUCUCCGUGCCAACUCAUGACUACCGCCAAGCAGAAUCGCAUCAUGGUCUGGCGCGACGAGGUCGCAUCCGCAUCGGCCUCAGAUCCCCCCGCCAGCAACUAUUCCGCCCCUUCACUCGUCACAACAACCACUGCGUCGACGACAUCCCUAACGCCCUCCGAACUGGCCACAAUGUCCAAGAGCUCACGGCUCUGGCACAAGGUCAAGGCGCAAUUCACUGGCAAAGCCCGCCGCCGCAGCAGCGUCGCCAAUGCUGACGUUCCCGACUUCAUGAUGCCUCCGCGGAAAGGCGAUGUAACACGAACGGCCAUGUAUCAGAAUUUACGGUCGGGAGAUGCCAAAAAUGCCGAAGAGGAGGUUACGCCUGGCCAAGACAGCAGCAAUGGCCGUGGACGGGGUCUUUUCUCAAAACAAAGAAGGAUGAUACGGGCAUCGAAGCUAUUGGUGAAUACCAUUAGCUGAUUGCGAACAUAAUCUUGAAGAAAGAUUAUGUACACCGUUGUAUCAAAAGACAAAAGCACAAUAGCAGCACCAGCGCAGCAUCCAAUUGACGAAGACGACGACUACGAGACGAUUCUCAUUUACCGUUCCUAUCCGAAUCCUAUCGAGAUGGCGGAGAGAAAACAUAGGGGGGUGGGACGGGGGAACACAUAAUAUAACGUUUUGGCGCAUGUUUACUAGGUAACUUACAUUGGGAAGGGAGGACACGGGAAAGCGAUUUACAACUUAUACCACUACCACGGGGCUAUUUUACUGCCCUCUUUUCUUUUGUAUCUGGUGUUUUUUUUUUAUUAUUAUUAUACGGGGGGUGGUCACAGACUUUUGUCUCUAUACUGUACCUCGCGAAAGCAGUUAGUUUUUUCUUCUAAGCUAGAUUACUAGUCGAGUUCCGAGAAUUAAAUCUACAAGAUGAAUAAUUCAAGCAAGACAUGAAAGAG